CAAUUAUGCAAAUUAGCAAAAUAUCCAAGAUGGCUGCCGAUCCGGCGCUGCACUGGAGGAGAGACAUCACUUGAAAAAAUACGAAAAGUGCUAAGAAUAUGGUGAUCUAAAGGCAUAUUCUUGUGCAAAAAGGCACAAAAGAUUGCAGACAUCAUGCAAGCUUUAUCUCCGACAGAAGAUUCAGUCAAACAGCCGGUACCGACGACGCUAACAUGGAAAGACCCAGUGGAAAUAACCCCGCAGUUCAGGGGCUCCAACGGAGUUAGCGGAUCGCCGGCUGCUGGGCCGCCGGGAGAUAUGCGUGGGAUGAACCCUAGGAAUGGCCCGUCCUUCAACCCGCAGCAGCAGCUGGGGUCGAUGAACAUCCAGCAAAAUACCAGACCCCAGAAUGGUCACCAAGAGUUUGGAAAUCCAUUUAUGGAAGCUUCACAGCAAAGUGGGAUUCCAGAGAGUGUGAUGGUGAUGCCAAUUAUCGAUUCAAUUUCGAUUUCCAAGCAUUCUUCCGACUUCAGAUCAAAUUCAAGUUCUCCUCCUUCAUCGAGAAAGGCCGUUCGAUCUCGUGCUCGCCCAAGAAAACCAGAAGAGCCUGCUCCAUUUCUUAGUGUUGAUACUUUACCAGCUGACAAAAUACUGAUUGAAGGAAAGUCAAAUUCCAGCAAACAACUCUCCAAAAAGCCAGGUAGAUCUGUACCAAAGAGAAUCAGUCCAGACUUCAUACCACCCACAUCUGGGAGGAGAUCACAAACUCCUAACCAUCCUCCCUUCUCUCCUUAUGGAGGAGGAAAGAGUACCCCAAGGGUGCCUUCUAGGGCCGGAUCAUCACUGCACAACUACAAUUCUUUCUUUACUCACAAAAAUUCUGCAUUUUUGGCUGGUCCUCCAUCAUUGUGGUCACUAGGAAACCGAUUCUGGCCUCACCAGGCAACUCCCAAUGAGGGGAGACGUAGGCUUGCUCCUAUUCAAGCUCCUUUGCCUCUAGAUGCCUCUACACUCAAGGCUAACUACCAAGUCUCGCAGCCAUUCAAACACAGUGUGGAUAAUUCAACACCAAUAGAAAGGCCUUUGUCUCCAAGCCAGGAUUUGAAGGAAUCUACAUUAUUAGCCUUGCAUGAGGUAACCCAGGCUCUAGCACGGCAACAGGACCCACCUUCAAGUCGCAAAGGAGGCAGGUUGUUAAAGGGAAAGCUAAAGCCAUUACAUACAUUUAAGAUGGAUGGACCAGGAAUAGAAGAAUGCCAAGGAAUACUAACAGAGGAUGGUAAUGAAGGCCAAACAGCAGACAAGGCUCGUCUACUGCAACGGAAGAAAGAACUACUUAGUAUGCUACCUCCUGAUGUCUUCCAGAGGUCAUCACCAGGAAGCACAGGACAUACCAGACCAGCCACGCAAGGAUCUAUCCAUAGGAACUCUAUUGUCUCAGCUCUGUCCUUAGAUAGAGAGAACUACCCUGCCAGCCAACCAUCCAUGCAACAAGGCCAGCUGAGAUCACAAAGUAUGGUGGAAGGAAGUGGAUCCAUAGCUCCAUUUAAUAGCAUGGUGAUGAUAGUAGAUGACAGUGUCAUCAACCAAGUUGAUAUCCCUGCUGUUGACCCAGAUGCUAAGGGUCCUGAGACCACAGAGAGUCCAAGAGCCAAGGAAGAGGGCAUGGCUAUUCCGGAUGCAGAGCAUCUGACUGCCGGGGGCGAUGCAGAUAAGCUAUCUGAUGCUGCUAGUGAGUCCAAUAUGAGUGACUACCUGAGUGAACUUGGUGGGGGUAGAGCAGAGAUCCUUUGUAACAUGGUCAAGAAGAACUCUCAGGCCAGAAAUGACCUGACACAGGUGGAUGAUGAACCUUCGGAUGCUACUGAACUUGAGAAUGGCUAUGAUGAUGAGUACCCUCUGGAGAGUGUCCAACAGAAGGAUCUAGCUUUAGAUACUGUAGAAAUAGGUGAUGGCAGCGGUGAAAACAAAAAUGUACCUAUGGCAAUGAAAAGCGAAUCCCAGCCCAGUGUUGAUAAUGAGGUUUCAAAUAGCAAUAAUGUUGAAUCAGAAAAUGUGCCUAAUGAUAAAAGUGAGUCCAAUGGUGAUUACCCUGAACAAAGUGGCUCACCAUCCAUUCUGAAAGACAGUAUUACGCAUAGUAAUAAUGUGGUAGAUAUCAGUGAACAAAACCAGAGGACUAUGCAAAGCGAGAUUGUAGAGGAAGCAGUCACUACACAAGAGCAUCUUGAACAACUUCCAGUGUCAAAUAGAGACAGUGGAGUAUCAGAAAAAGCAACAGAUGAGAAUACAGGGAUUGAUGUUGUAGAGCCAAAUGUACAAAGUGAGCCUAAUAUGCAGAAUGCAUCAGAUGAGUCAAAUGGAUCAAAACUUGUAGAAAAUACGAAAGAGACAAUAGAUGAAAGCAAUAAUAACUCUGUGCCUGGUUUGAAUGAAUCCCACCAAAAAGAAUCUCAAGAUCUGAACAAUAAUCCAUCCUUUGAUGAUUCAGUCAGUGCAGAUAUAGAGAGCCAUAGUGUAAGCAAUAAUAUAGAGACAAACCCUACAAGGGAACAAAGUGCCACAGGGGAUAUUAUCCCAUCUGAUGAUGUCAUACCACAAACAAAAAACAUUGAUCCUGUUAAGACAGGAGGUACUGAUUCAAUACCAAUAAUUAUCAAUGAAAAUGAUAGUAGUAUUACCAGCAGCCAAAUAGAACAAAAGACUCUGCCAGCUGAAGAUCAGCAGCAAGCUGAAAUGUCACCUACAAGUGAGAUUGUCUCUAAUACCGCAGACCACAAAAGUGAUUCUGGUCACGCCACAACCUCUGUAUCAGGUGUCACUCAGGAUUGUGAAAAUAAUGAACUCGGAGAGGAGAGUAGUGAAAUUUUAUCAAGUGCAAUGAAGGAAGAAGAGAAGAAAGAAGAGGAAGAAGUGGAUGACGAUGUAAAGGACACAAAGGAAAAGGAUGAUGGAGAUGACGGUGAUAGAGGAACAGGUGGUGGUAGUGGUAAUAAUGGUGGGGAUGGAGCGGGUGGUGGUAGUGGGUCAGGUCAAGGUGGUAACAGCAGCCAUUCUAAUGGAGAUGGGGCUUCAGGAGGUGGAGAAGGAGGAGGAGAUGGGAAGGAUAAAGAUGAUAAUCCUAAAAACAAUCCAAAUGGUAAUAAUCCUACUGAGAACACAGAAGCCAAAAGUGAUGAAGAGGACCAGGAGAUCGAUUUCAAGAGCUUAGAACAAUUGCUGAAAGAAAUUCAAGCUCAGGCUUUGAACAGGAAAGAGGAGAUGUCCUCUUAUGAUGACAUUCCAGAAGUUGAUGAUCCAUUCCUGUUUUGUGAUAACUGCGGACUUGAUGAGGACACCUGUGUUUGUCCCGAUAGCUCUUUACAUAGAUUACUUGGACAAGAUAACAUCCAGAAUCGUCCAGAGCUUGAGGAUGAGGAACUUCUUGAUGAAUCCAGUCAGCAGCAGAAUAUUGUUCUGGAGUACAAGAUGCUUCUUGGUGACCCUCAUCCAGGUACUGGGUGCUAUAGUGAUGAUCUAUUGUCACCAAGGGAGGCAUGGAAUGAAGAUAGAGAUGACCUUCGGACAUCGAGGUCAUCAAGAGCAAGACCGAAGUCUGGACUUCCAAAUGACAUUAUGCUAGCUACUGGUGUCUCCAUGACACCCAUGCAACGUCCUGUCUCCGCAAAGCUCAGACCAGGCUCAUCAAGGCUAUCUCGUCCAUCCAGUCAUCGCCGAACAAAAGAAGGAAGAGAAGCCAAGAUCAUCUCUGAGGAUGUUGAUACAAUGAGUGAUAGUGGAUGUGGAAGUGAGAUGUCUGAAGCAGUGACUCAAGCCAGUCAACUCUUCUCAGAUGAGAUGGAAGAAGAUUAUAACUUGGAUGAUGAUUUGGAUCAAAAAGCUCAGCAACAAGAACAAUUUGGAACUGAAAUAACAGAAAAUGAGAGUAAAUCAGCUAAUCUUGAGGUUGUUGCAAGUUCAAAACCCAGGCAUGCCAAGACUAAGACUGAUGAUGCUCCUGUUCUGGCCCCAUUCCCACCCCUCUGCUUUAAGAUCAAUGCCCGCCCCCCUCCAGGGAAGCUUUACUAUUUCUCAUAUGGACCAACCAUGAACCCAAAUAGGUUGUCUAUGUAUAUUGGAUCACAAGCCGAGCAGAGGCUUUGGGGUAUUCUGUUCGGCUUUGCUCUCAAAUUCAAUAAGAAAGGUGAAGACUUAGAAGCUGGAGGUUUUGCUAAUAUUGAGUUUUCUCCUGAGAGUUCUGUUGAGGGUUGUGUAUACUGUAUGAAUCCAUCUCAGCUAGAAUCACUUGACAAGUUUAUGGGCUGUCCAGAGUUCUACACCAAGAUUGUCCUACCAGUGUGGAUGGUGAACUGCCCGGACCCCAAUCAGCUUGGAGUAGCCCAGUACUGUAUACCAGCUGUUAUGUACAUUGCACAGGACAAAUGGACACAUACAGAUGAAUCAAGUCCUCUUGCCAGUGGAUACAGCGUCCGACAGUGCAUGACCGGUGCAGACCUGCUCUCUCCAGCCUACAAGCAACAUAUUCAGACCCUGGUAUGCUGACCUCUGACCUAAUAACUUACCUGGGAAUAUAACUAGAUGAUCUCUCCAGCAAGGUGUCCUUGGGAUCUAAACUGGUGGCGCAGUACAAAGUAAGAUACCCUGCAUGCACGGACUCUGUUCGAUACUACAGUAUAAUAAACAAGUCUAGCUCAAGUUCCUGCCUGAACUUGUUCCUUGUGAACUUGCAAGGCAAGCCGUCAUAGGGAUAUAAUCUUGUGACGUGGGCCCCUGUUACAUAAAGCUUAGCGAUUGAUUUUAAGGCUGAUUACUAUGAUUGAUUGUAUUGAUUAUUGUGUAUGAUCAAUCAUAAAGAACCUCACAAUUAAUCACUAAGCUUCAUGUUACAAGGUUCAAUCAUCCUCACUGGGAAAGCUGAUGCACAGAGGAUCACACUACAAUUUAAAAAAAAUCCACAUGCAAUGAGAAUAGGGUUUGAGUUUUUAGACUAAUCUGUUAAACAUUGAUCAUUCCCUCAACUUGAAAUUAAAGCUGUGCUGUUGAGAAAAAACAAAACACAUUUGAAUCUAUAUGAUUUACGGUAUCACAAGGGUUGCAUAAAAAUUACAGUUAGAGUCAAGUACACAGGCUUUUUAGAGUUAUGUUGCAUCCAACUUGCAUUAGGAUUAUAAUUACUUCAAAAGGAAACAAUUUAACAAAUCUGAUAACAGAGGUUCCUUCCCACCCCAUUCAAAUACCAUUGUGGAACCAUAUAAUUCUGAAAUCUCUGAAUGAAUCUUUUGAUUUUGUUGUAGAAUAACUGUUUUCAAGGGUUAAGUCACAUCAUUUGACGACAGAUGAUGUUAAAUUACAAACCACUUUUGUGAAUUGAAAACCUAAACAUGGGGGUGUAUUCUCAUAGCCAUGGUUUUGCUAAACCUGGGUUAACUUAUACCACACUUUUAUGGAGUGCCACUUGUCAACUCAUUAACAAAUCAAAAUUUUAUUUAUUUUGCUGCAAAAAGCCAGAAAAUUGAUUAUUUGAGACAUAAAACUAGAAGAAUGAAAAAUACAAAAAUAUGAAUUUUAAUGAAUUGAUACAUUAUAAUUGCCAUGAAUAUGAAAAGAGUAUUAUGAAGCUCAGCAUUUCUUAGAAGUGUGGUUUAAAAUUCUAGUUUAAAUUUUGGUUAACCCUUGAUUUAAUUAUCAGAAUACAACCUGGGGGGGGGGGUUAAUUCUUCUUGUUACUUUAUCAUGUAAUUUAACAUAGGGAUUGAAGCUUCAUGAAUUCUGGCUGAAAUGGUAUUAAAAAAAAGGGAAAAAAUAUGAAACACCAAGAUAAAAGUUAAAACUUUCAUUUCGAAUAUUUUUUGUUUUAAAUUUAGAUAAGGCAGAUGAAUGGAUUGAAA